AAAUAGAGCAACGGAUGGCAUCCAGACAAGUGCGACCUUCCCGUUCUCUUGUUAAGUUGGAUUAAGAUCUUAAUCUUUUGUCGAUUCAACCAUUGGAAUAAAUUCAAUACCUGCCAAUUUGGGGUUAUAAAAAGAUAAAAGUUGACGAAUUUGAUCAUAACGAGAGCUCUUUGAACACAACCAUUUCCCGCAAAGAUGUCAUUGACAGUAAAAGCCUUUUUGGUAAAGAAAGGAGAGAAACAGAGAGAAAUAAGGAGAUUUUCUGUGCCUGCUGAAGAUUCAAACAGUUUCAGUCAUCUUCAGGAGAAAGUUUUAGAAACUUAUCCUAGUUUAGAACAAGGAAACUUUAAUCUGUUUUGGACAGAUCCGGAGGGUGACCAUAUUGCAUUUUCUACAGAUAAAGAACUUACAGAGGCUCUGGGUUUCGUAGAAGAUGGAGUUUUAAAGAUAAAAAUCAAAGAAACUAAAAGUGAAGACUGCGAGCAGGAGAAAUAGUUACCCCGCAAAUCAAUACGAUUAACUCCAAGAGGAAAUUUCCAAAUGGAGGAAAAGCGGAAGAAAUGAAAUUGAAAAAAGGCUCCUUGAGAAACUCCCUCUCCCCCAAAAUAAAUAUAUGAUGAUGGAUUAUGAUGGUCAUCUUAUCUAUGGCAAUAAGCGGUGUUCCAGUUUAAGAUCACUUAAAAUAAGAAAGGAUUGUACUUUUGAAAAGGUCAACUGGUUUUGAACUCAUUGUAACCUCACAUGCAGUCAUACGAAUCAAUGCGAAAAUUAUCCCGCUAAACAGAACAUAGACACGAACAAAGCAAUUUUAUAUAAAGACGAUGAUAAAUAUAUAUUUAUAGAUGACAAGUAACAACAAUGUAAUAUAUGCUCUGUCGAGAUCAUAAAUUUAAGUCAAAUGUU